AUCUAUAUUAUAUGUUGCAUUUGUAGUAAUAAUUGGUUGACCAUGUUACGAAGAGAGAAAGAAUUGAAGAUUCUGUUUUGUAUUUUCAAAGCUGUACAAUUUUAAAGCUGCAAUUUUAAAGAAAAUUAUUUAUAUACGAAAUGGAGAUAGCAAAAGAACUUGUAUUAACUCUCAAACAAGAGAAUAAGUCGCAUGUUGGGUAUGGAUUACAAAAGGAAUGUGAAGCUCUUGUUGGACACAUCUUACAAAAUAUUGUCAAAUCCCAGAUGCCGUCACUACUUGCUGUAGCAAAAAAUGGAGGUGAUUCUAUCAGAUAUAGAGAAGAAGGUAAUCAACACUUUGUAAUGGGUGAUGAUCUAGAAGCUAUCGAAUGUUACACUUUGAGUUUAGCAUAUGCCGACAGUAAUGAACUUAUGGCAUAUGCACACGCAAAUCGGUCUGCCGCUCUAUACAGAAAACAAUUGUAUAAAGAGUGUCUAAUAGAUAUUGACGCAGCCUUAUGUCAUGGAUAUCCAAAAGAAAAGCGAAAGAAGUUGAAGGAAAGGGGAGAUAGAGCAAUAGAGGAAAUAAACAAACUAUUACAAGCAGAUUCAAAGAAAAUUGAUACGCAACAAGUUGUAGAUGCUCUGCAUUCAAAUAAUGGUGUUGAAAAAUUUGCUACGAAACCGGGAAACUUUGAGCACAUUAUGGACGAGGCAAUAUUAGAAAAAGAUCAAGCGACCAAUAAUUGCGAGAAGCAAUGUGUGGUGAGUAACGAAAGUUACCUUUACUAUGCAGCAAAGAUUCUUCCACAGAAACCAAGGUAUCUGCAAAACGACGAUUUCUCCGAAUUGACAUAUGGCUCGAGUAAGGAAGUACCUGCUACUAGUGAUGGUGUCACAGUAUCUUUCUCUAAAAGAUACGGUAGACAUUAUAUAGCGACGCGAGAUUUUAAACCUGGUGACAUAGUUAGUAUCGAAGAUCCAUAUGCACAUGUUAUUUAUGAAGAACGAUAUUACACACAUUGUCACUACUGCUUGUCUAGAAGCUACAACUUGAUACCAUGUUCAAAGUGUCCCAUAGCUCAAUAUUGUUCUGAGAAAUGCCGAAAGUUAGCAUGGGAGGUGUGUCAUAUGACAGAAUGUCCAAUUUUAAAACUGUUGACCAGUCUGCUUAAUGUCGACAAAGAUAAAAUAAGAAUGAUUUCUAAAAUUAUACGGCUGUUGAUUAUAGUGACAGCAAACGGAAGCAAAAUCGAAGAGUUGCAACAAGAUAUGAAAAUUGCAGAAUCUAAUCCAGACAAUAGAACAGCAGGCUUUACAGAUACUGAAAUACUGGAUAGUUCUAGUGCACGAUCUGCGCUGAGUCUGGCAACUAAUAUGACUACAAGACCAUUAAUCGGAAUAAGCGCAUUUGCUUGUAUCUCGGCUCUCGCGGUAAUUCUCCUAGCUACGCAGACGAGAUUCUUUUCUAAAACGUACAAAAUGGACGAUUUGAAGGACAUUAGUGAAUUCUCUGAGCUUAAAUUCUGCGCUAGCAUAAUGUUUCGGGCCUGUGUGAUAAUGUCUUCUAAUUGCUUUUCAGUACAACAAGAACCAGGAAUCGUGUCAGGCUCAGGUCUGUAUGUGGCUCACAGUUUGUACAACCACUCUUGCGCGCCGAAUACCUUUCGACAUUUCGAAGGGCUCACAAUGAUUACGCGUGCAUUGACACCCAUACGUCCGGGCGACCAGAUCUUCACCAGCUAUGGUGGGGUAUACGCGCAUAUGCCUAAAUACGAAAGAAAGCAGAAGAUACUGCAGGAUUAUUUUUUCGACUGUGAUUGUCCGGCGUGUGUGAAUGAUUGGCCGACGUACAAUGAGGUUUUACGUAAACACAUCGGAUCUAUUUCCAAAAAUAAGCCUCUUGUAGAGAGAUUGAAACCCUUUAGGGAGAGGUUGCUCUUGAAUAUAUACGAUAUCGAUGCUGUAAAGGCUGUUCUAAACAUAUUGUACGAGGAAGUUACACAGUAUCCGUGUGAAGAAAUACUUCACGCGGAACAAUACUUAAAGAGCUAUUAUCUGGGUAAAUUUAAGUGAACAUUAUUGCUAUCGUGAUGCUUUGCGCUUGAAACCAGCUUUCGUACGUAUGCAGCUCCGCUUAAUGCUAGUGCUUUUCGCUCUGACAAUAAUGUUUUAUUAACUAUUUCUUUAAUCAAUAUUUUUAGCUCGGUGUAAUCGUGCAUGGCUUUACUUCCUUGUUGUAGUCAAUAAAAUUAUCUUCUGCAGCAUUAUCGCUAUUCGUACAAGGAAUUAUUUACUUCCUGCUUUAACAACAUUUGUUUGAUUACUAUAUAUACCUGGAAC